AUGUUGUUUGGACUGGAAGCGAGUGAUAAGUGUGGAGAGGCGGAGGCGGCCGAUAAGUGUGGAGAGGCGGCGGCGGCGGCGGUGUCUGUGGAGUACGUGGGCGCGCACCGCUGCGGCGGCUCCGUCGUCAGCGCCGGCUGGGUGAUGACGAACGCGUGGUGCGUCGUGGGCGGCCAGCCCGUGUACUACCUGCUGCGCGUCGGCACGUCGGCGCGCGGCACCGGCGGACACACCUACAACGCCAGCCGGCUGCUCUGGCACGAGGACUUCGACAACGCCAUCUCCGACAAAGACAUCGGCUUCUUCGAGGUCUCGGAAGCCAUCUGGUUCGACGACAACGUUCAGCCCGUGGCGCUGGCGGAGGAGGAGCCUUUGGCGGGCAGCCAGGUGACGGUGUCGGGCUGGGGCAGCGUGGACGUGGGCCAGGACUACCCGGUGCAGCUGCACGCCGUCAACACGACCGUGCUGGACCGCGACGCGUGCAACGCCACGUUCGAGGGCCAGCUCAUCACCGAGGACAAGAUCUGCACGGCCGGGCCCGACGGCGGGCUCGACUACUGCAACGGCGACUACGGCGGGCCGCUGGUCGCCAACGGCACGCAGUACGGCGUCGUCUCGUGGGGCUACGGCUGCUACUACCCCCAGUACCCGGGCGUCUACACCAACGUCGCCUCGCUGCGCUCCUGGAUCAACGACACCAUCGGCGUCUAGCCCGUUCUCCUCUUCUCGCCUUUCCGCGUUCACAAAUUUACCUCGCGUUUCCAGACGCGUGCACGUACGCCGAUGUCGGCGAGUACACUCUACGACAUAUUCGUUCGACUGUAUCUAAAUGUUUUACUGUACUUUUUUAAUACAAUUCUUCCGCCGGCCAACACUCGUAGCGAAAUAAAAGAAACGCAGCAUUUUUCCUCAGACUGUAGAACUGACCUAUAUGGGAGAUAUAUUUAUCAUGAGGGCGCAGCCACUGUGGAGUCUGCGAGUGGCACAGUUACAGUAGGUUCUCUGAGUAACGAAAAGAAUAAACUACUGUAAUAUGUCUCAUUUUAAAUCCGGCUAUAUAAUUUUCGUUAUUUAAUUAAUGGGUGAAUUAUAGCAAAUUCUGCAGUCUGGAAGUUAUUAUAAUAUCUACAAUUCAGGAAAGUAAAGUGAAUCAUUUAGUGUUACGUUCUUACUCGACACCAGAGAUGAGGGACUUACCAAAACAGUAACUCACUAAAUUUCGUCGAGUACCUCUCGUAAUCAAGAAGGCCUUUUAACGUACUAUAGUUUUUGUGGGGCCAAUAUUUUUAAACGCGGAGAAUUCGGCAAACAAACGCAGUUGCUGGUUGUUGUUUACAGGAAGGCUUACGUCAUAUUCGGUGUUACAUAAAAACGAGUAAGUGGCUCCUUGGAAAUUCGUAGUAAAAAUUUUUGGAACCAGAGGAUAUUGAGAUAUCCACAAAUU